AUCUUAGAAAUGAAGAUUAGUGUAUUUCUGAGUUGUUUGUUAAUUUUGAGUGUUGUUGUGGUUUGUCAAGGAGGUGGUUUGAGGAAGCAAUUCUAUAGAAAAAGCUGUCCUCAAGCUGAAGAUAUCAUUAGAAAUGCCACUCAAAAACAUGUCUUGAGCAACCCUAACUUACCUGCUAAGUUACUGAGGAUGCAUUUUCACGACUGUUUUCUCAGGGGAUGCGACGGUUCAAUAUUAAUAGAAUCAACAGCAAAUAACACUGCAGAGAAAGAUUCAAUUCCAAAUCUAACUUUGACAGGAUUUGAUGUUAUUGAAGAAAUAAAAACAGAGGUUGAGAAAAAAUGUAAAGGACUUGUAUCCUGUGCUGACAUCUUGGCCUUGGCUGCUAGGGACUCAGUUUCUUUCAAGUUCAAUAGACCAUUAUGGGAAGUUCUUACCGGCAGAAGAGACGGGAGUGUUUCGCUGGCUUCGGAAGUUUUUGCUAAUAUUCCUUCUCCAUUUGCCAAUUUCUCCACACUUAUCCAAAAUUUCAAGAGCAAGGGUCUCACUGUCCAUGAUCUAGUUGUGCUUUCAGGCGGACACACAAUUGGAGUAGGACACUGCAAUCUAUUCAGCAACAGGCUCUACAACUUCACAGGAAAAGGCGACCAGGACCCGUCUCUCAACCCUACUUACGCUCAAUUCCUCAAGACUAAAUGCACAAGUCUCGCGGACAAUACCACAACAGUCGAAAUGGAUCCGAAAAGCUCAUUCACAUUUGAUAACGAUUACUUUGUUAUUCUUCAGCAGAACAAGGGCCUCUUCCAAUCUGAUGCAGCACUUCUGACGGACAAAAUUGCCAGAAAUAUUGCGAGAGAGUUGGUUAAUUCUAGAGUUUUUUUUACGGAGUUUGCUCAGUCUAUGAAGAGAAUGGGAAAUAUUGAGAUUCUUACGGGUACUAAAGGGGAGAUUAGGAAGAAAUGCAGUGUUAUCAAUUCUUGAGAUUUACUUUUUUGUUUUUGUACGCAUUUUUAAUUUUUUGUGAGUGGACCGUGAAAUUGUAUGUGAUCAUUAAUUUAUCUAGUUUGUAAUGAGAAAUGGAAUAAACAAAUAAAACUACUAUUGCCCUCUUCUUUUCCA